UCAAAAUUUCUUUUUUUUGUCCGACUCUGUUUCAAUUGCCUUAUUUUAAUUUCUAUAAUAUUAUCCUACUUAUACCUAUACAUAUCUACCCAAUUUUGGCUUAUACGGUGAUGUAAAUACCAAACAGUUAAAAAAGCUGUAGGUAUAGAUCCAGCCUUCUAGGUAAUAAACGGCGAGAUAACUGCCGUCUGCCCUCUGCCGCAUAUAUUACCUACCUCUUUUAACCUAGGCUCUUUCUGCAAUCACCUCUCCUUGCUUGAUACUUAACAAACGAGUUGAGUUACUUCGACAUUUUGUUGAGAUACACACACAUCCGAGUUUCAAUAUAAAACAGAACAAGCCACUUACACUUAAUCUACGUCACUAUCGCAUUGUGUGUGCGACCAAGUGCCGAUUUGCUUCUUUUGGGGCCAUACUAUGGCACAUGAAAUUGAAGACAAAGAGACAAAACCGGCCGACCCCCAGGCAGAUGUCAACAACACCGCCAACUCUGAGCCGGCGACUCCAAUCUCGGUCUUCAUAGACCCUGAGGAGGAAAUCCGUAGACAUGGGGAACCUGAGGAGAAACGAGUUGAGCGCGAAGAGUUGAAACAUACCCAGAGCUAUGCCACCGAUACAAGUGCGGUCACUCGUACCACCACAAGACCGUCCUUAUCUGCAGGCAAGAAGCCGUGGUAUAAGACGCCGAAUCCAUUGCGAUGGGGUUCCAUCCCACCUGUUCCCAAGGAGCGGGAGGUCUCCAGGGAAUACAAUGCUGGCUUCCUGAGCAAGCUCACGUUCCAAUGGAUGGCUCCUUUAAUGAGUGUAGGAUAUAAACGACCUUUAGAACAGGAUGACCUCUGGUUGGUGAACCCUGAUCGAACUGCCGAGAAGAUGACAACCAAGACGAGGGAGUCAUUUGAGAGACGAGUUAAGAAAGGCGAAAAGUACCCUUUACUUUGGGCAAUUCAUGAAACUUUCUUCUGGGAAUUCUGGAUAGGUGGUUUCAGUCAACUUGUCUCGUCCAUCUUUCAGGUUAUGUCUCCUUUCACGUUGCGCUACCUCAUUCAAUUUGCGCAAGAGGCUUGGGAUGCUUCCCAAAAUGGACAACCUCUCCCCAAGAUCGGCACGGGUAUCGGCCUAGUUAUUGAUGUAACCGUCAUGCAGAUUCUCCAAAGUUUGGGGGUCAACCAUUUCAUUUACCGCGGUAUGAUGGUAGGAGGACAAUCGCGUGCUGUCCUCAUCAGUCUCAUUUUUGAGAAGUCCAUGGUCCUUUCCGGUAGGGCAAAAGCCGGUGGUAAAGAAGCUGCCGACGACGCAGCGGGUGACGGCCAAGGAGAGAAAGGAAAAGACGCCGCAAAAGAUGCCAAGACAGAGAAGCCAGAAAAGGCCGCCAAGGAUGCGAGAGAUAAUAAAAAGGGAAUUUCCGGUGAUGGCACUGGCUGGAGUAACGGCAAAAUCGUGAACUUGAUGAGCGUCGAUACUUAUCGUGUUGAUCAAGCAAAUGCCCUAUUCCACAUCAUUUGGACGGCGCCAAUUUCUUGUCUCAUAACUCUCGUUGUCCUCCUUAUCAAUCUGACGUAUAGCGCUCUCGCUGGAUUUGCACUUCUAGUCAUCGGAGUUCCCGUCUUGACUAGAGCAAUUCGACUGCUAUUCAGACGCCGUGCUGCUAUCAACAAAAUAACGGAUCAGCGUGUGAGCUUAACUCAGGAAAUUCUCCAGUCGGUUCGAUUUGUGAAGUAUUUUGGAUGGGAAGGGGCUUUCCUAGAGCGUCUAAAGGACAUUCGAGCUCGAGAAAUCUACGCCAUUCAGAUUCUCUUGGCAAUUCGAAAUGCUAUCAACGCUGUCAGCAUGUCGCUUCCGAUUUAUGCCUCUAUGUUGUCGUUCAUCACUUAUUCGCUCACGGACCAUGGUCUGCCGGCCGCUCAGGUUUUCUCCUCGCUCGCGCUUUUUAACGGAUUGCGAAUGCCCCUUAACUUGCUUCCCCUAGUUAUCGGUCAAACGGUCGAUGCUUGGUCGUCCCUAAAGCGUAUCCAGGACUUCAUGCUCUCCGAAGAACAGGAAGAAGACGUCGUUUUGGAACCCGAGGGAAAAUAUGCAGUCGAAAUGCACGAUGCAAGCUUCACCUGGGAGAGGACGCCGACUCAAGAAAACGAAGGCUCUCUGGGUCCUAACGGGAAAAAGGAAGAUAAGGCCGGAUCCACGCAAAAGGCCGCAAAGCGCACCUCUAAGACAAGCAAUAACGGUGGUCCUUUAGAAGAGAGUUCUGAAGAUACUGCAAGCACACUUGUGGAAGAACGCGAGCCUUUCAAACUCCAGGAGUUGAACCUUGCCAUUGGUAGAAAUGAGCUCAUUGCUGUCAUCGGAACUGUUGGAUGCGGUAAGAGUUCUUUGCUUGCCGCCCUUGCCGGCGAUAUGCGAAAGACCUCGGGUGAGGUUAUUCUGGGUGCUUCUAGAGCAUUUUGUCCGCAAUAUGCUUGGAUUCAGAAUGCGAGUGUCCGGAAUAAUAUCCUGUUUGGAAAGGAGAUGGACCGCGAUUGGUAUAAGGAGGUUGUAAGAGCCUGUGCCCUGCAAACCGAUCUCGACAUGCUUCCCAACGGGGAUGCCACUGAAAUCGGGGAGAGGGGAAUCACGAUAUCAGGCGGACAGAAACAACGACUUAACAUCGCCCGAGCCAUCUACUUCGAUGCUGAUAUAGUGCUAAUGGACGACCCUCUUAGUGCGGUUGACGCUCAUGUCGGUCGACAUAUCAUGGAUAACGCUAUUCUGGGUCUCCUCAAAGACAAAUGCCGUAUUCUGGCAACACACCAACUGUGGGUCCUGAACCGCUGUGACAGAAUCGUCUGGAUGGAUGGUGGAAAAAUCCGAGCAGUUGAUACGUUUGACAACUUAAUGGCGAACCAUUCUGGUUUCAGGCAAUUAAUGGAGACGACAGCUCUAGAAGAAAAGAAGGAAGAGCCAGCAGCAGUCGAAGAAAAGACAGCCGAAGUUGAAAAGGACAAGAAGAAAAAGAAGAAGAGCCAAGGGUUGAUGCAGGCGGAGGAGCGAGCCGUGGCGAGUGUUCCUUGGUCCGUAUACGCUGUUUAUAUUCGGGCUUCGGGAAGUAUCUUUAACGCCUUAUUUACGGUCCUCAUUCUGUUACUUUCUCAAGGUGCUAAUAUUAUGACGAGCUUGUGGCUUUCAUAUUGGACAUCAGACAAAUUUGGCCUCAGUACUGGGGUGUACAUCGGUGUAUAUGCCGGUCUGGGAACAUUACAAGCCUUGCUUAUGUUCGUCUUUUCGCUCUUGCUGGCUGUUUAUAGCACGAACGCUAGUAGAACUCUUCUGAGGCAAGCUGUAACGAGAACGCUCAGAGCACCCAUGUCGUUCUUCGACACGACACCGCUAGGUCGUAUUACGAAUCGGUUCUCGAGAGAUGUCGAUGUUAUGGACAAUAACUUAGCAGAUGCGCUGAGGAUGUAUUUCCUAACGUUGGCUAUGAUCACGUCGGUUUUCGCGCUGAUUAUCGCUUUCUUCCAUUACUUCGCAAUUGCGCUGGUUCCACUGGCUAUUCUCUUCGUGCUCGCGGCGUCGUACUACCGAGCUUCUGCACGAGAAGUCAAGCGUUUCGAAUCCGUACUCCGCUCCGUAGUAUUUGCGAAAUUUGGCGAAGGCCUCAGUGGCGUGGCUUCUAUCCGCGCAUAUGGCUUAAAAGGUCGCUUCAUCGCCGACAUCCGAAAUUCAAUUGAUGAAAUGAAUUCAGCGUAUUACCUAACGUUCUCAAACCAGCGGUGGUUGUCUUUACGUUUAGACACAAUCGGAAACGCGCUUGUGUUCACAACAGGUAUCCUAGUCGUUACAUCCCGAUUCAACGUUCCACCAUCGAUCGGUGGUCUUGUGCUCUCGUACAUCCUCUCCAUCGUGCAGAUGCUGCAGUUCUCAGUUAGACAACUGGCUGAGGUAGAGAACGGCAUGAAUGCUGUGGAACGUCUGCAGUAUUACGGGAACCAACUUGAGGAAGAAGCACCGGAACACACUAUUGAAGUUCGCCCGUCUUGGCCUGAGAAGGGCGAGAUUGUGUUUGAUAAUGUGGAGAUGCGGUACCGUGAGAAUUUACCGCUUGUGCUUAAGGGCUUGAGUAUGCAUGUUCGCGGUGGCGAGCGGAUAGGUAUUGUGGGACGAACGGGUGCGGGUAAGAGUUCGAUUAUGUCGACCCUUUUCCGUCUGGUUGAGCUCUCGGGUGGCCACAUCCGUAUUGAUGGGCUUGAUAUUUCAACCGUCGGGUUACAUGACCUGCGCUCUCGUAUGGCUAUUAUCCCGCAAGAUCCCACACUGUUCCGUGGCACCGUGCGCAGUAACCUGGAUCCCUUCGGCGAGCAUUCUGAUGCGGACUUGUGGUCUGCGUUAAGGAAGGCUGGUUUAGUGCCCGCGGACGCCAAUAUCGAUGACAAGGACCCCACGAGAAUACAUCUCGAUAGUGUGGUCGAAGAAGAAGGGUUGAACUUCUCGCUUGGUCAGAGACAACUUAUGGCACUUGCGAGAGCACUAGCUCGCGGGUCUAGGAUCAUUGUCUGUGAUGAAGCGACGUCGUCGGUGGAUAUGGAAACCGAUAACGCGAUCCAGCGAACCAUGGCACAAGGGUUUAAGGGCAGGACGUUACUAUGUAUCGCGCAUCGAUUACGCACGAUUGUGGGCUACGAUCGUAUUUGCGUUAUGGAUGCGGGUAGCAUAGCAGAGCUAGGCCCACCGCUUGAGCUGUGGAGAAUUGAAGGGGGUGUGUUUAGGGGUAUGUGUGAGCGAAGCGGUAUAAGAGAAGAAGAUAUCAUCGCUGCGGCGGCGGAGAUGAGGGUUGCCGAGGGGCUUGGGGAUAGGGAGAUAGAAGAGGAGUUGGAUGAAAAAUUGGAAGAGGCGGGAGGCUCGUCAUCGAGGGGGAAGAGAGAGAAGGAUGAUGUGGUGUAGAUGUGUGAUAUGUGAUAUGUGUUGGGUAUACCAGUGGACUUGUGGGAUGGGUUGGAUAGAUUUUUUGUACACACCUACAUGGAUGAUAUACGAAUAUAUGAAGCGUUCGAACUUUCGACAUAAGUAUCUGGUUAUGUUACACGAAGUGCAGUUGGGAAUAUACAGGUCGACGGAAAUGAGACUUGUGCGACGUUGGGUACACCUUCGGUUAGACGGCGCUUUAACUUUGAUACACGUUCCUUUAGUGGUUGAUUUAUGGUGGAUAUCUUACACGCAAUCAACGUACGUGCUUAGGAUCUAGCGGAAAAUUACUCAUAAAAGAGGAAUAAUAGAGUCCGAACAGACAAGAAGAAGUGGAUGAAUACGUAAGUUGCGGUGGAUAGGGGGCUAUUUAGUUAUUUACAGCUGAACUUGUUAGGUGUGCUUACGCAAGAUCCAUGGCUCCAUAUACUAUUUUUAUAUAAUUCUACAAUAGAGAUCGCCAACGCAAGGGCGUCCUAUCUUACGCCAA